AUGGCACGACCUGCAGGUGGAGCAUCGGAUUAUGAUUUUAUCUUCAAGCUAGUUUUGAUAGGUGAUAGCGCUGUUGGAAAGAGUAAUCUUUUAUUACGAUUUACACGAAAUGAAUUUCGUCUUGAUACUCAAUCAACCAUUGGAGUAGAAUUCGCUUAUAAACAACUUGUCAUUAAUGGAAAAAAAAUUAAAACUCAAGUUUGGGAUACAGCUGGUCAAGAGCGUUUUAAAACAGUUAUACCACAAUUUUAUCGCGGUAGUGAAGGUGCUUUAGCAGUAUUCGAUUUGACGAAACCUGAUUCAUUUGAUCAUAUUGCAACUUGGAUUGAAGAAGUUCAUCGCCAUACACCGCCGGAUCUUCCAAUAGUUCUUGUUGGAAAUAAAUCUGAUUUAACUGAUCAACGUAAAGUAUCAUGUCAACAGGCAACAGCUCUUGCCGAACAACUUAAUCUAUCAUAUAUGGAAACAUCGGCAUUGAAUGCAACGAAUGUUGAACAAGCAUUUACUUUACUUGUUAACAGUAUUUAUCAAAAGAAGAUGCCUAAACAAAUGGAAUCAUCAUCAACAACCGCACCGUUAUCAUCGCAAACGGUACCUGUAGAUCAUUCCAAAGCGCCUACUAUUCCUGUUGAAUCUGGAACGAUCAUAUUUGACAAACCAAUUCGUCCAUCAAAUAAUGAAAAAGCAACAACACCAAAGAAAGAUGGCUGCUGUGUAAUUUCAUGA